CUCAUUCUCUCCUAUUUUUCCUCGCAAUAAAUCGCUCCUCUCUCUCUCUAUUUUUUUUUUUUUUUUCCCUCUGUUUAUUUAUAUAUUUUUUUUCUUGCAAAACUUUCUCCUCACAUUCCUUCCCUCCAAACAACCGGUCUAAACUCCUUUGGCUUUUUCAGAAUGGCCACCGAUAAAGGUCGGCCAUUGCCUAAAUUCGGCGAGUGGGAUGUAAAUAAUCCUGCAUCAGCUGAAGGCUUCACUGUCAUAUUCAACAAGGCCAGAGAUGAGAAGAAGACCAGUGCUGCUGCUGUGAAGAUUGUAACUCCACGAAGAAAUGAUUCUGCCUACAAAAAUGAGACUUAUCCACCCUAUCCCCAGAAGAGGAGAUGGUUUUGCUGCGGUUGAAAUCUCACUGCUGCUUCUGGGGUCCUGAACAUAAUGUGGAAUGUGACACUUUCUAUGCACCUGUGGAAGAGCAAAUUAAUAUCUUAUUAUAGUCUUUUAUUUGAAUUAUUUAAUUAUUCUUUCUUUUUCUUUUUUUUCCCCUUUUGCAUUUCUUCUUUUACCUUUUAAUUCUUUUCUUUUGCCUUCUAUAUGUGCUUUGCCUAUUAAAAGUUGUAUUAUAAUAUAGAAUGAAAGUGAGGAAGAUGAUGUAACAUACAAACAUAACAUUUCCCAGACAUUCAUAUUGUUCCCAAAUCUGUGUGGUUCUACGCUACGCUCUAUACGUGGAAUAUCAUUUAUUUGCUAAUAAGAGCAUUUAUAUUA